AUGUACAUAAAGCAGGUUAUAAUAGAAGGAUUCAAGAGUUACAGGGAGCAAAUUGUAACUCAACCUUUUAGUUCCAAAGUCAACUGUGUUGUUGGUGCUAAUGGGUCUGGCAAGUCUAAUUUUUUCCAUGCAAUACGUUUUGUGAUAAGCGACCUAUUCCAUAAUCUACGCAGCGAAGAAAGACAAGCGUUGCUUCAUGAAGGUGCAGGCCACCAAGUGUUAUCUGCUUUUGUGGAGAUUGUAUUCGAUAACUCUGACAACCGCAUUCCUGUUGAUAAGGAUGAAGUGCGUCUCAGGAGAACUAUUGGUGUGAAGAAAGAUGAAUAUUUUUUGGAUGGAAAACAUAUUACGAAGACAGAAGUUAUGAACCUGCUGGAAAGUGCUGGAUUUUCUCGCUCUAAUCCUUAUUAUGUUGUGCAGCAGGGGAAAAUAGCAUCAUUAACACUGAUGAAGGAUUCUGAGCGACUUGAUCUGCUGAAGGAAAUUGGUGGGACACGAGUUUAUGAGGAGAGACGACGUGAAAGUUUGAAAAUCAUGCAAGAAAGCGGUAACAAGAAAAAGCAAAUUAGUCAAGUUGUUGAAUACUUAGAUGAGAGACUUCGAGAGCUGGAUGAAGAGAAAGAGGAAUUGAGAAAAUAUCAGCAGCUUGAUAAGAAGCGAAAAUCUCUUGAAUACACCAUCUACGACAAGGAACUUCAUGAUGCAAAGCAGAAAUUGACCGAGAUAGAAGAGGCUCGUGCCAAGGUGUCUGAAACGUCUAUGAAGAUGCACAAUAGUGUGAUGGAUGCCCAUGAAAAGUCGAAGGAGUUGGAUAAGUCGCUUAAAGAUCUGGGUAAAGAAGUUCAAAUUUUAAGCAAAGAGAAAGAAGCAAUAGAGAAACAAAGGACAGAAGCUAUUAAGAAGCGUGCAAAGCUCGAGCUUGAUGACAAAGACCUGAAAGAGAAGAUCACUGGCAACACCAAAGCGAAGGAGGAUGCAGUGAGACAGCUUGAGCUUUUGGAGAAAGAAAUUCAGGAAUCUACUGGCGAGCUCAAUAGAAUCAUGCAUUUGCAUGGUGAACAGGUCAAAAAGGAGGAAGAUUUGACGCGAGAGAUUAUGAAACGCGAAAAGCAACUUAGCAUGCUGUAUCAGAAACAAGGUCGUGCCACCCAGUUUGCUAGUAAAGCUGCUCGUGACCAGUGGCUUCAAAAGGAAAUUAAGGACUAUGAGCAAGUUUUAUCUUCAAACCGAACACAAGAGCAAAAACUUAAGGAUGAGAUUGAGCAGCUAGAGAAAGAUAUCAGAGAGCAGGAUGCCUAUAUCACAGGCCGGAAAAAUGAAGCAGCGUCAUUGGAAUCCCACAUUUCUGGAUAUAGAGAAAAAUACAAUCAGUAUAGAGUGAAGAGAGAUGAGCUACACGAUGAGCGGAAGUCAUUGUGGGGAAGAGAAAGUGAGCUCUCUGCUGAAAUUGAACAGCUCAAAACAGAAGUUGCAAAAGCAGAGAAAAGUCUUGAUCAUGCAACUCCUGGGGAUAUAAGAAGAGGACUAAAUUCGGUUAGGAAGAUAUGUAGAGAGUACGAAAUUUCUGGAGUAUUUGGUCCAAUUUUUGAGUUGCUAGAUUGUGAUGAAAGAUUUUUCACAGCUGUUGAAGUUACUGCUGGAAACAGUUUAUUUCAUGUGGUGGUUGAAAAUGAUGAAAUAUCGACCCAGAUAAUUAGACACCUUAAUGCACAGAAAGGUGGACGAGUUACGUUCAUACCAUUAAACAGGGUGAAAGCUCCACAUGUUACUUAUCCACAGAGCUCUGAUGUGAUACCGCUUUUAAAAAAGCUGAGAUUUUCCCGGGAAUAUAACUCAGCAUUUGCUCAGGUGUUUUCGAAAACUGUAAUUUGUCGAGAUUUGGAUGUUGCUACAAGGGUGGCCCGCACGAAUGGUCUGGAUUGCAUCACUUUGGAAGGUGAUCAAGUAAACAAAAGAGGUGGCAUGACUGGAGGCUUCUAUGAUUAUAGGCGUUCGAAACUGAAAUUCAUGAACACUAUUAGACAGAAUACAAAUUCUAUAAACGAGAAGCAAAAGGAAUUGGAGAUAGUUAGAUCUAAAAUUCAAGAUAUCCUUGCAAUACUUCUUUACAUGUUCUUGUUCCACUUUGGGUUCUUUGUUUUCGCUGAAUAUGUCCCACAUAUUGACCAGAAAAUCAAUGAACUAGUGUCUGAGCAGCAGAAAAAUGAUGCCAAGCUGGCUCAUGAAAAAUCUGAAUUGGAACAGCUUAGGCAGGAUGCUGCUAAUGCUGAGAAGCAGAAACAAUCCAUUUCCAAGUCACUUGAGAAAAAAGAGAAGUUGCUCACCAAUAUAUUGACUCAAAUUGAUCAGAAUAGAGCUAAUAUUGAGAUGAAACGAGAUGAAAUGGGAACUGAACUUGUUGAUCACUUGACACCAGUAGAGAAAGAGCUCCUCUCUAGGUUGAACCCUGAAAUAACAUAUUUGAAGGAGGAGCUAAUAUCCUGCAGGAGUAACCGCAUGGAGACUGAAACAAGAAAAUCAGAGCUCGAGAUGAAUCUAUCUACAAAUCUUGUUAGGCGAAAGGAAGAGUUGGAGGCUAUAAAAUUAUCUGCAGAGACUGACACGUUACGUAGCGAAGCUGAUUUGAAAAGACAGGAAUUGAUGGAUGCAGAGUCAUUAGUGCAGAGUUUGACUCAACAACUUAAGAGAGUUUCUGAUAGCAUAAAUGAGCGAAACAAGAAACUGAAGCAGAUCAAAGAUGACAAAGAUAAUUUCAAGAAUUUGGAAGACAGGUACAAAAAUACCCUGAAAGAUGAAGAAAAGGAACUGGAGCAACUAUUGAGUAGGAAUAAUAUGUUUCUGGCCAAACAAGAAGAAUACUCAAAGAAAAUCCGGGAAUUGGGUCCUUUAUCUUCUGAUGCUUUUGAAAUAUAUAAGAGAAAAAACAUAAAAGAACUGCAUAAACUGCUGCACAAGUGUAAUGAACAACUUCAGCAAUUCAGCCAUGUAAAUAAAAAGGCACUCGAUCAAUAUGUAAAUUUCACAGAACAACGAGAAGAGCUACAAAGAAGACAAGCUGAACUGGAGGCAGGUGAUAAGAAAAUCCAAGAGCUUAUAGCAGUUUUGGAUAUGAGGAAGGAUGAAUCCAUCGAGCGUACCUUUAAAGGUGUGGCUAAGCAUUUUCGAGAUGUGUUCUCAGAACUUGUGCAAGGAGGCCAUGGAUUUUUAGUAAUGAUGAAGAAAAAGGACAUUGAUGACGUUGAGAAUGAUCAAGAUGAUGAUGAGCCUCGCACAGUGGACACGGAAGGAAGGGUUGAAAAAUACAUUGGUGUCAAAGUCAAGGUUUCUUUUACUGGGCAAGGAGAGACACAGUCGAUGAAACAAUUGUCCGGGGGUCAGAAAACUGUGGUGGCACUGGCACUAAUCUUUGCCAUUCAGCGAUGUGACCCUGCCCCAUUUUAUCUUUUUGAUGAGAUAGAUGCAGCACUUGAUCCUCAGUACAGAACUGCUGUGGGAAAUAUGGUUCGUCGUCAGGCAGACACGGCUAGCACCCAGUUCAUAACCACGACAUUUCGCCCGGAAAGCUUUGCAAUUUAUUGA